AGCAUCACAAGGAGGCUCUAGCAUCCCAGUGGGUGGGACGUGAAAGCAGCUGGAAGUUUUAUAAGGUUUAGUUUUCCGGUACGUUGACGCUUUAACCUCUCCGUCGGGCUUCACUCGGAGUACUUUGUCUUCAGGACAGCUUUCUGCACCUCCAGUUUGGAAAUCUUCACUCUUCCUACAAUGGCAGCGAUUGGAAACCGUGGAGUGGUGACUGAGGCGGCUAGUUUUAACGCAGAGGCGGAUGCCGCGACUCUCAGAGAAGCCAUGAAGGGAGCUGGCACUAAUGAGGCAGUCAUCACCGAGGUCCUAGCACGCCGUACUAUUGCCCAGAGGCAGCGCAUUAAAGAGGCCUACAAACAAACAGUGGGGAAGGACCUGGCUGAUGAUCUGUCCUCCGAGCUGAGUGGGAACUUCUGCAGCGUCGUUCUAGGUCUGCUGAUGCUGGCGCCCGUGUACGAUGCCUACGAGCUGAAAAGUGCAAUGAAGGGGGCUGGAACAGAAGAGGCCGGUCUCAUCGAUGUUCUGGCUUCAAGGUCAAACGCUGAAAUAAAAACCAUCAAUGCGUUCUACAAGAAAGAACAUGGAAAAGACUUGGAAGACGCCGUGUGUGGGGACACAUCAGGAAUGUUUCAGAGGGUUUUGGUCUCUUUACUGACGGCUGGACGGGAUGAAAGCGACAAAGUGGACGAGGCCCAGGCUAUUUUGGAUGCCAAGGAUAUCUAUGAGGCUGGUGAGGCUCGAUGGGGAACGGACGAGGUUAAAUUCCUCACGGUGCUCUGUGUGAGGAACCGAAACCAUCUGCUGCGAGUGUUCGACGAGUAUCAGAAGAUUUCUGGGAGAGACAUUGAGGACAGCAUUAAGAGGGAGAUGUCUGGCUGCCUGGAGGACGUCUUUCUGGCCAUAGUGAAAUGCUUAAGGAACAAGCCCGCGUUCUUCGCAGAACGAUUAUACAAAUCAAUGAAGGGGCUGGGCACUACAGAUAGUGUCCUCAUCAGAAUAAUGGUUGCGAGGGCGGAGAUCGACAUGUUGGACAUUAAGGCGCAGUUCCUGAAGAAUUAUGGCAAGACUCUCCACUCCUUCAUCAAGGGAGACACAUCUGGCGAUUACCGCAAAAUCCUGCUGGAGCUGUGCGGAAGUGAGUAAAAGAAACAGCAGAACAACACCCAGCUCUGUCUUUAUUCCACAUUAUGAGCUUUUAUUCUGUUGAUGACUUCCUGUAUCUCAUCUCUUCUUCUAUGCCCUUUACAUUUCACUUCUUGGCCGCAGUGCCUUCAUUUCACUGUUUGUAUUGUAAUACCGAUUAAACCAAAGACCAGUGACCUUUUA